AUGAACAGCGCCAGACGGAUCAAGUGCGACGAGAACAAAGAAUUUUGCAACAAUUGCGUCUCCACCGGACGGGUUUGUGAUGGAUAUAGGCCUCUUAUAGCGGAUGCGCACAAGAUCUCUUCACGACCACUGCCGCUCUCCAAGCCUGGACGAUUGCGUGAUAUCUGCCCGCGAACCCUUCCAAGCUCAGUCAUCUUGAACGAUGCCGAGUGUACCGCCCUCGAUUUCUUCCGUCGCCUUACGAUAUUUCAGCUCCCAUGCGCAUCGUCAUUCGAGACUCCCUGGGAGUUUGUGACACUAGAUCUGGCUGAUCACCACCCCUCGAUCGCAGCAGCAGCUUGUGCUUGUGCCGCCUUGCACCGUACUCUGACUGGAGGAUCCGACGAUGAUCGGAACCAAUUUGCAUUGCAGCAAUACAACAAGUCCUCGGCUUUCAUGCGUAAAUACAUUGCUGAUUUAAGCGAUGAUGUCUCCGAGAGCGCUGUCGUUGUUGUUCUUGUGACCUGUUUGCUCUUCUUUACUUACGAGACCUUUUCUGGAGAAGACAAUAAAGCCUUAUUGCAUCUGGAGAUCGGUCUACGCAUCAUUCAUGAGCGAUUACGCCCACGAGGAACGGCUCAAGUGUCGGGUGGUAGACAUCUGGUCGUAGUCGAUAAUGACUUGAAGAGUAUGUUCAAUGUUCUGGUACAAACUUUCAUACGACUAGAUGCGGACUACAUGUUGAUAGGGCAUGACUACCCCUUUCUACGGCCCAUCUGUCCGGACCCGAUUCCCCCCAAAUUUGUCGAUCCCGAUGAAGCAAGCCUAUAUCUGGAAGUCAUCACCGGCAACAUAUUCGAUGUAUACGACGAGCUCUUCAUACGGACGUCCAAAGCUUUGAGUGAGCGGGGAGCUCUAGUCGAUCUCGAUGAAGACCAUGAGAUUUGUCUUGUGCGUGCGGCCAUCCGCACAACUACUCUGAACCAGCGCCUACAGGAGGCAGUCGAGGAAAGUAUACGAUCCCUACAGGCUUGGGCAGAAGCAUUCAGAAAGGUAUCUCGAACACGCUCAAAUGUUCUAUCACAUAUGACGACCCAAAUAUUCUUCUUCUGCGUCUCCAUAUGGAACGGUACAUGGCAUGAUGCGAAUGCCUGUCUGGUCGACCGCUUUGAAGCUCAGUUCGAAUAUUUUACUGGUCUUUGCGAGCGGUAUGUCAAGUUACAUAUCGCGAGAACACCGCACUAUAAUGUUUUCGAAGGCUGUGAAAAGAAACAUACCAAUCGUUUCCAUACGCCUCCAGCAUUUACGCUUGGCUCUGGGGUUGUGACUUGUUUGGCUACCAUCGUUGAAAAGUGUCGCGCCUCCUCUGUGCGUCAGCGGUGUAUUACACUUCUGCGAAAGAUCAACCUGAGGGGUGUGUUUGAUACCGACUACCUCGCAGCUUAUCUGCAAAUCAUCGUUGACCACGAAGAGCAAAUUGCCAGACGAGGGAACUCAGAUCUUGAUCCGAAGGUUGGCCUUCAAGCAAGUCAUGUGCCCGAGGAUGCAAGACUAGUGGAAGUCGUCAUGUCGCCCGCCCAGCAUCGUUCUCGGUUCGACUUCUACAAGACCAAUUGUGUCAAGGCGAUCUAUGUGGUCGACAGAGAUGGGCUGCAGCUUGGGCAGCUGACAGCCCAAGUCACCCGUGAGUAA